GAUCGCCGGUCAAUUUCAAUAAAAUUGUUUUUGUGUGUUUCGGACAUUGUUGAUCAUAUUUGCCAUUGCCCCUAAAAAAGCCCGAGGAUGGAAGAAUGUCCUUCAACAAAUCUCAUUCAUAAGGAAAGACGUCUCAUUGCGAUGGAGAAACUUUACAAACGGAUGAGACGAUUUCUCACAGAAUUAGACUGGUUAAAAGAAGAAAUAAAAAAACAAAAAAAAUGGCAAUUGCUCCAAAAACAAAGAAAGAUUACAAUUUCUUCAAGAUCGAGGAAAAAGUAUAAGAAACGUGAGAAGAAGAAUUCUAAAAAGAAGACAAAACGCGAAUCUCUGAUAGAGGAGAUAAAGAAAAAAUAUGAGGAACAACCUCAUAAAAGCAAACAGUUACAGAAGGAUAUCAACGAUUAUAUCGAUGGAGUGAAAACGCCCGAAGGUUUACGCCGAGUCGUAGACAGCCGCUCUACCAAGAAACUUUGCCCAUCUUUUGAAUUAACAGGUGUUUGCCGGCAUAAACACAAGUGCUCUAAAAAUCAUCGUAAAAUCUUUCUGAGCAACGUGAUUUUGAUAACAGGAUUGUAUUUCAAUUUUUCUGUCGAGAAAAACCCGACGGAAAGCAACACUGAUGUUGCAAUCGAAUUCCAGAAUUCAGGAACGUGGCAUUAUUUUUGCAAAUUCCAUGAUAAAAUAAUAACUAAACUCAAAUCGUUCGGCGAAAUUAAAACCCUUAAAUGUUGCUGGAAGAAUAAGAAACAUUGGCGCGCUAAUUUGUACAUUCAGUAUGAUACAAAAAGAGCAGCAGCUAAAGCUUGGAAAAAUCUAAAGGGACGUUGUUACAAUGACAAGCCGCUCGUUUGUAAAUUCGUCAACGUGAAAUCCUUGAGAUCCGUUGUCUGCAGUCUAACCAAUUGUCCGAAAAGCAAUGAAAAAUGCAAUUAUCUUCACACCUCUAAAAUUCCGCACAAUAAGUACAUCAAAAAUUUCCAACAGAAAAAAAGCAAUUUGAUUGACGACAAGCUAAACAAACAUAGGUUUGUGUUACUUUAUUUACGCUAUAUACAUAUAAAAAGCUAUAUAUAA